AUGGAAGGAGUAAAGAAAUGGUUAACAGAACGAAAUGCCAAGAAAAACGGCAUGUACGUGCACUACAGCCCACCGAAAUUGGUGGGUGUGGUAUCAGCAGCCCAGCUCCGGCAGUGGGCGCGCGGCGGUGAGGAGAGCAGGCUGGAGCGCGCGGUGCUCGCGGGACAGGGGCGCCGCCUGCUGGCCGAGGCCGAGGCGCUGUCCUUGUCCAGCCACCUGCCCGCUCUCGUCGCCAAGUGCGAUGCUCUACAUGCCGCCGUUGAGAAAGGCUCUCUACUAGAGCUUCAGGAGAUGUUGGAGAGUGACUACAACCGUCGUAAAUACGUGAUGUGCCGGGAUGAGGCCGGCGUCGGCUUGUUGCAUAAGGCUGUCUUCUACGACUUCUUUGACAUUGCCGAAUAUCUCGUCAAGAAUUACCCGCAGUUAGUCCAUCAGAAAGAUUCCGAGGGUCGUACACCACUGCACUACGCGUCCGUGUCGCGCGACUCGGCGUCCCUGUCCGCGCUGCUGGAGGGCGCGGGCGCGGCGCGGGGGGCGCGCGACGCGGCCGGCCGCACGCCCGCACACUAUCGCGGACCCGCGCGGGAACUACUCGCGCUACCCGACGCUAUGGCGCGCGAUAAUAAAAACGCACCAGGUCUCCUGGUGAUCAAGCGACACAACAUAAGGAUAUGGUGCCACGACUGCGACAUGGCGCGUCUGCAGCGCGUGGUGUGGGAGGGGCACGGCGCUCGGCUGCUCAGCGAGGUCAGCAACCAGCCCGUCGUCAAGAAGUUCCUGGAGGCUGUGCCUUAUAUCAUGAAUACCAUACGUGAUAUCCACACAUCCGUGGUCCAAAACGAUCUGGAAGGUCUGAUGAAGCACUCGGGGGAUCCCGUGCCUCCUCAAGCCCUGUCCAGCAGGGAUGCUAACAACAUGACUGUCAUGCAUAAGGCCGCAGGUCUAGGCCAUGGUGGUAUCCUCAAAUACAUAGCAGAAAGGUAUCCGCAAGGUAUAAAUGACGUGGACAACGAUGGUCGCACCCCACUGCACUACGCGGCGGCCAUGAGGGAUGAUCAGCAUACUUACAACACGUUGGUCGGACUCGGAGCUGAUGAGAGCAUCGUCGACAACAAAAAUAAAACACCAGCUUAUUACGUAAAUAGACCUCAAGAGAUAGACAAAAGCCUUUUCAAAACACUACCUGAAGCGCCGCGGACCCCGUCCAGUGCUUAUCCAAACAAUUGGGACUGGAAGUUAUUAGACACCGAAGUUAUUUCUGAACUCAAUAAAAAGUCGAGAAGGAGGAACCAUAAGGCAUCUAAUGAAAAUAUCUCGUCCAAAGAUACCAACACUACCUCUGAAAGCACUGACAAUCGUAUUGGUGUGAUGAAAGGCAGUAGCACGCAUGAGCUCAUUAAUAGUUUGCCUGAAUUAGAUGACGCAAAACAAACUAAAGAUGAUAUUGAUAAUCACACUGCAAAUUUAGAAAGUAAUAAGGAAUCGGAAGUAGAUGAAGAAAAUCACGAUCAAAAAGAAGAAGAAAUUGUUACUGAAGAAAAUACUGCUGACAAUGAAGAGGAGCAUGAUGCCAACGAAGUAACUGAAACUGAAGCAGACAACCCUGAUGAAGAAAAUCAUGAAAAUGCUAAAGAUGUAUCAGAAAAUGGGGAUGAGGUCGAGACUAAAGAAGGUAAUGAAAAUGAUGAGGAUGAGAAGAAUGAAGAGACUACGGAAGUUGUCGAUCAUGAAGUUAAACAUGCGGAAGAAGGAAAUGAAGACGAGGAAGCUGCAGAAGACAAAAGCAGUGGUGAAAAGAACGUAGAAAGUGAACCAGAAACUAAUAACCAAGGCGAUGACACUAAGAACGAUGAACCUGAAGAAACUUCCGCUAAAGAGAGAGAUGAUGAGGUGGAAAACGUUGACGAUACAAAAGAAGCUAAAGAGGGUUCAGAAGAUGAAGAAACAAGCGAAAAGAGUAGCGAGCAUGAACAAGACUCUAAUAAUAUUGAAAAUGAAAAUGAACAUGAAUCCACGAAAAAUAAUGCUGAUGCAAACGAUAAAGAAACUGAAAAUCACGAAACUGCAAAUGAAACAAAUGAAGAUGAAGAGGAAUUAGGUGCAGCAACUAACGAAGGUAAUACUAAUGGUGGACACAGCGAAGAUGAUGAUGACGUACAAGUGCAAGGAGAAACGCAUUCUGAGUAUAGCGACUCAAAUCUAAAAAGCACUGCAGAACUAUCUAACUUGGGAAGUGCCAAGAGAGGUAAAACCGAAAUCUCUUCUGGCACUAUACACGAAACAAUCAAAAUAUACGUGACCGACGGCCGAAGUACACAGGAAAGUCUUAUAGAAGGUGUUGUGAAUGGUGAACCCGAAUUAGAUUCGCAGGAUGCUAGUAUAGCACAGAGAGAGGGAUCAGUGCACGGAGAAGUUCUCAUUGUUGACAAUGAAAUAGAUCCGGAAGUUACAGAUCUUAUCAACAAUGCAAACAUGGAAAUGUUGGCAACAUUAGUUUUAAAUGGUGAAGGUUCGAGACUCAUAGGGAGGCAUUCAAGAAAUUCAGAACUACAAGCUUUCCUAGAAAAUGUUCCGACAUAUAUGCAAAAAAUAAAUAAAGUUCAUAUAGCAGCACGAGAAGGAAAUAUAAGAGAUCUCCAAGCUGCCCUAGACAGGCGAAAAUUUGCAAUAGCCCGGGAUCCAAUCUCACCGAACGGCGCUACUCCAUUACAUGUGGCAACAAUAUUUGGCAAAACUAAUAUCAUUAAAUAUUUAGGCGGCCGAUUCCCUGAAACUCUAUCGGCAGUGGAUUUUGAAGGAAGGACAGCUUUACAUUACGCAGCAGUCUUACCAGACAAUGGCCAUUAUUACAAUUUGCUACAACAACUCGGCGCAAACUCAAAAGAUUUAGAUGAUAAUGGAAAGUCGGCUGAAGAAUAUCUAAAGAAUCCAUCUCUUCUGUCCUUUGAUCAAAUGUUAUCAGAGUACGGUAUAGACGAGGAGGCAGCACAGAGUAUGUUCACCGAUAAAGUGCCGGAGGACCAAGUCUCGUCUCGUCGAGUUUUGGAUGCGCCUGAAGCUUUGGAUACCUUAGAUCGAUGCUACCGACUUUUAGCAUCAGCUAGACAUAAUGGCCACAUGGACAUUCCCAUCUUUCGGACCGACGAGGGCAGAUACCUUGCUAAGUCUCUCGGCGAUCCUUUGAUCAAAGGUCUAACCGAGGUGGCUAACGUAAAGCCCAAAGAUCCAGUUGCGUUUCUGGCAAGUUUUCUUCAUAACUUUCCUGAACAAGAGAAAACAAAUAUAGGUACGCAGGGAGCAAACAUGCCAGUUACUCAAGCAGAAGAAGUAGUGAAGGAAGAUCAGAAGCUCCUGGCAGCAGACCCGCUGAAGUCAAUCGCGUCUAACACCGUGAGGAACUCGCGCACAGCCACCAAGACCCACCGCCCUAUUGAAGUAGUCACAGUGGAUCCACAGCCUGUAACAAGCCCUGAUGCACCUGAAUCUGCUUUUACCAGCGCGACGAGGGAUGAACAUGGUCAAUCAAUGCUGCACUUCGCCGCCGCGCGGACACAUGCUCGUAACGCCCUAUUCCAACUUCUCCAAGAGUCUGACAUAAGCUUGGGCUUCAGAGACGAGUUGUACCGGACCGCUCGAGAUGUAUCUAUACAAGCCAACGUACCGGAAAAUACUGUGGAGAUCGACAAAUGGGUCUUGCAUCUUGCCGCUAGAGGAAAUACUGAGAAGAUAAUGGAGUUACUUCUGGAAGGAUACGAUCACAUCUUAGACGUGGUGGAUGAGGAUGGUGUCUCAAUCACAGACGUCAUAGCGCAGCGGGGCGACAGUGAUAUGAGCAGCUUACUAGCUUCAAUACCAGCAUUUGAGGAGUCUCGAGAAUCAUUACAUGCAGCCGUCAGGCGCGGUGACCUGGCCGCUAUCGAGAGUUCCCUGUCAGGGGAAGGUGCCCGGACCCUUGCCCGCUGCCAGAACUCCUUCGGAAGGACAGCCCUACACGUCGCUGUGUUGGCCCAGCACGAAGAAGUCGUUGCUUACUUAGCACAAAACUACCCAGAGCUGUUGCGUGUCGGGGAUAAUUUGGAGCGUACGCCGUUGCAUUACGCUAUGGGAGUGGAAAAGAUUGAGUCUCUGAGUCGGGUGCUGAUAAGAGCUGGAUCCAAGAGGGUGUUGAAGGACCUCAAGGGCCGCCAGCCCACGUACUACUUCAUGAACAAGUCAGAAAUACUGCGGCUUAAAGAAGAGGAGGAAGUCUACUGAUAGUCUCUCAACAUUACAAGAGACUUCAAUCUAUGAAAUGUUGUAAUUUUGUAUAGUUAUUGUGAUUAGAAUGAAGAUGAGUGUUUUAUUAGUCCGAUCGGGGAGUUAUAGCAUUUGCAAAUUAAAGUAAAAGUCGCGCAUGCUGUAGUUACCAAUAGCAUCUUGAUCGGACUGAUGCAUUCAAUCUUUCUUCAUCAAAGUUGGCUGUGGCUUGUUCGAAAAACUUUAUGUGAUGUCUGGGUAUGAUAGGAAUUAGUCGCUUCUUAUUACGCACAUUUUGCAAUUAGCAACCUUUAUGUUCAACGUAGUUAAUCUUAGGAAGAAUAAUCGCGUGCCGAAAAG